UAUAUAUGUACACACACACACGCAUAGAUAAACGAAGUUCAUACACUUAAAUCACCAUCUUAGUUCUUUUUUUUUUUUUACCACUCAAAAGAAUGAGAUCACCCUUCUCAAUCUCCCUCUCAAUUCUCGGCCUCUUCUUAUUCACCUCUUCUCCCACGACCUGCAACGACGACGACAUUGUUCAGGAAACAUGCAAUAAAUGCUCAAGGAACGACCCUAACAUCGAAUCCCGCUUGUGCAUAGCCGCCCUCGGCUCGGACCCUCGGAGCCCCCGUGCCCAUCUACCCGACCUCGGUAAGAUCUCCAUCAAUCUUCUACGUCACAACGCCACAAACACGAGAAGGUACAUAAGAAAACUCCUAAGGAACAAGAAGCUUGAACCCAUGAUGAGAUCUUGCUUGGCGGAUUGUCUCGAUCUUUAUUCAGACGCCAUCGUCACUCUCAAGCAAGCCCGUCAGGAUUACAUGGAAAGGCGUUACAGUGAUGCGAACAUUGAUGUGAGCUCUGUGCUCGAUGCCUCUGUGACAUGCGAAGAUGGGUUUAAAGAGAGAAGGUUCAUCGUUUCGCCAUUGUCGGAGAGGAACAACUUCACUUUUCAGUUGUCGGCAAUUUCGCUCUGCGUUAUAAAUAUGCUCCUCUCUGACUGAGUGUAUACUAAUUAUAUAGUAUCGUAUAGAUUCCUCUUCUUACAUGUGAUUCAUAACCCAAAACUGUCGGGAUUUAGUAAAAUGAAAGAAAUACAUGUAACAUACAAAUUUAUAGUUUCUCUCUGUUUUUCC